AUGGCUUGCCGCACCCUUCUCGGGUUAUAUUGUUUAUUUACACUUGUGCAAAUGGCAAACUCAACACCACCCGAAGAUCCUGUUAAAUGUGUAUCGGGAAACACGAACUGUGCAGUCACCAACUCAUUAGGAGCCUUCCCAGACCGGUCCACCUGUGAGGCUGCCAACGUGGCCUACCCAACGACUGAAGCCGAGCUUGUAUCUAUAGUUGCUUCAGCCACUAAAGCUGGACGGAAAAUGCGUGUGACUACUCGAUAUUCCCAUAGCAUCCCUAAGCUUGUGUGUACCGACGGAAACGACGGAUUGUUCAUAAGCACAAAGUUUUUAAACCACACGGUGAGAGCCGAUGCAAAGGCCAUGACCUUAACGGUUGAGAGUGGUGUGACGCUCAAGCAAUUAAUCGCUGAAGCAGCUAAACUUGGUUUGGCGUUGCCUUAUGCACCGUAUUGGUGGGGACUAACCGUGGGUGGUAUGAUGGGAACCGGUGCUCACGGGAGCUCAUUGUGGGGUAAAGGAAGUGCGGUCCAUGAUUAUGUGACCGAGAUCAGGAUGGUUAGUCCUGGCUCGGUCAAUGACGGGUUUGCAAAGAUUAGAGUUUUAAGCGAGGCUACGACUCCUAGCGAGUUUAACGCGGCUAAGGUUUCUCUUGGCGUUCUUGGUGUUAUCUCUCAGGUGACUUUUGAAUUACAACCAAUGUUCAAAAGAUCGUUGAAGUAUGUUAUGGAAAACGACUUGGAUUUCGAUGAUCAAGCUCUGACAUUCGGAAAAAAACAUGAGUUUGCAGAUUUUGUAUGGUUACCAAGCCAAGGCAAAGUGGUUUAUCGAAUUGACGACCGAGUAGCUGACAACACAUUUGGCAAUGGUUUGUAUGAUUUCUUGCCCUUCCGUUCGCAACCUUCUGUAGCGGUAGCCACCACAAGAUCUUCAGAGGAGACGCAAGAGACAUUGAGAGAUGCGCAUGGGAAGUGUGCGGCAGCCACAGCAAUUUCAUCUGCGCUGUUUUCUGCCUCAUACGGUUUGACAAACAACGGUAUUAUAUUCACGGGCUAUCCAGUCAUUGGAAGCCAAAAUCGCAUGAUGGCGUCAGGAUCGUGUCUAGAUGGACUGGAAGAUGGAUUGACCACUGCGUGUCCAUGGGACUCACGUAUAAAAGGCGUAUCUUUUCAUCAAACAUGUUUCAGUAUUCCUCUCUCGCAAGUUAAAACUUUCAUCAACGACAUUAAAUCUCUUAUCAAGAUCGAGCCGAAAUCUCUAUGCGGGCUUGAACUCUACUAUGGCAUCCUAAUGCGUUAUGUCACAUCCUCUCCAGCUUAUCUUGGAAAAGAAACGGAAGGCAUAGACUUUGAUAUAACGUAUUACCGAGCCAAAGAUCCAUUAACACCGCGACUCUACGAAGACUUUAUCGAAGAAAUCGAGCAAAUAGCGUUGUUCAAGUACAAUGCGUUGCCACAUUGGGGUAAGAAUAGAAACAUAGCGUUUGAUGGAGUGAUUAAGAAGUACAAGAACGCACCCGAAUUCUUGAAAGUUAAGGAGAGUUAUGAUCCUAAUGGUUUAUUCUCAAGCGAGUGGACGGAUCAAAUCCUAGGGAUCAAAGGAAACACGACGAUAGUAAAAGAUGGGUGUGCACUGGAGGGUUUGUGUAUAUGUUCGGAGGAUGCUCAUUGUGCUCCGACCAAUGGCUAUCUUUGUCGACCAGGAAAAGUUUACAAAGAGGCUAGAGUUUGUACACAUGUAAAUAAUGUAAGUUUACAAAGAGACUAACGAAAAUUUUACAUACUGUAACUUUUUUUUAUCACAAGAUGAAAAUAUACAUAUAAUUAAAAA